UGAUAACAAUGAUCUGUGAAUGGUCAAACAUUGUGCCAGACUGAUGUUUUUAUUAUUAAAAUAUUAAUCUUUGUUAUUUGUGAGUUUUUAGUUGUUAUUUUAUUUCUAAACGUGUCGUCUUGUGUAAUACUUUUUCUUAUUUCCUCAAACCCAAAUAAUAGACACGCCAUAAUAAUAAUAACAUUUAUGCUUGUUCACAUCAAUAAUGUUCUAAAGACAGUGCGUAUGACGUUCACCUACUAAAGUUUUUAAUCUGAUUAACAAUCUUCAUCGGGGAGUACUUAAUAUAGUUAUUAUAUAGUUAUUGUACCACCAGUUAUUAAUCACCACACAUACACACUGCAAGCUAUGUAAGUACCGAGUAAUAAUCUAUAGUUUGUAAUUUAGUAAAUUUGGACACAUUUCAACUUUUGACAUUUCCGAAGCUAAUGUACAAACAACUGUGUAUAGUUGUUAUCUCGAUUUCUAGUUAGACUAGCUAACUUUGUAAAUUCGUUUACCUACCUACCUAUUUAUAAUACCUAAUUGAUUUUAGUUUUUAGACUAAUUUUAUUUCUUUUUUCUUUUAGUUUUUUUUGGAUACGUUAUGUACAAUAAAAAUCAAAUCUAUUAAUUUCAAAUUUUUGAUAGGCACUAUCUAAUAAAUAUUUUAUGACCUUUGGUCACGAAAUAAGACUUGUUAGUAAGGGACCAAAUUUUAAUGCUAAAUGCACUUAUUUUUGAGUGAUAUUAGACAAUGCAUUCUAGGUACUUGCAUAACUUGAUUCAUGUAACAGACUUCAAAGGUAAAACUUUUAUUUUGCCUCUUUUUGAUUUUUAGUGCAUUUUUUUCGUUUUAUUAUAUAUUUGUACAAUAUAUGAGUAGGUAUAAUAUAAUAUAGUAUUUGUACAUAAUAUGACCUUCAAUUAAAUACAUUUGGUAUACCUAUUUAACCUAUAAUACAAAUUAGUAAUUUAAAUUUAGCUAAUUCAAAAUAUGUUUUUCUGAUUUUCCAGUCGAUCAGUCAAAUACAGUCCCUCAGUCAAUACUAUCUUUACUAGACAAGUCAAAUUUCUCAAUUAUUAUUAUUUUUUUUUUUCUAAAUAAAAUAAAAAUAUUAUAAAUUACUCAGUAAAAUAAUAUAUUUAAAAAUGUGUAUUAUUUUUUAAUGGAAUUUUCCCUCUAUAAUGCAUUUUUUAGCUUUUUUAUAGAGCAUUUAUCAAUGUUUUUUAGUGCAUUUAAAUUUGGGCCCUACUUAUAAGCUUUGGUUAUUUUGUAUGUUUCCAUAGAGUUACCUAAUUUUACUCUCUGGUUGUUUCUUGCAAAUAUUGUGCCUAAACAACACAACUUAUAUGUAUAUAUAUAUUAAGAUAUAUAUCUUAAUUUGUGCAAAACAUCCAAGCAUUCGCAGUAAAAUCUAGAAAUUAAUAAAAGGAAUUGCCAUUAACAAUCCUACUGGAUGUUUGACUGUUUAGGCAACACACCUAUAGUAAUAUUUUAGAUAUGUACCUAAUAAUAUUUUUAUAAUUUUUCAGAUAAUAUACAUUUACGUUUAAUUCAGUUCUAAAAUGUUUAAAUUUAAUACGUCUAAUAAACACUCUAAUAAUACUCAAACUGAUAAAGAUCUCAAGGAAGAAGGUAACCGGUUAUUCAGUUACAAACAAUAUGAAAAGGCAAUUGAGUGUUAUAAUAAAGCCAUAGUGAGUAAAAUUAAUAAUUCCUUAUAUUUUUUUUAACUAUUGUGUAUUAAUACAUGUUUUUAAAUAUGCAGAUAAAAAAUCCAGUAGUUCCUAUAUAUUUUACUAAUCGAGCUUUAUGUUUCUUGAAGCUAAAACAAUGGGAUAAAGCAUGUACAGACUGCCGACGAGCUUUAGAAAUGGAUUUUAGUUUCAUAAAGGGUUGUUUUUUCCUGGGCAUUGCACUAAUUGAGUUAGGAAGUUAUGACGAAGCUAUAAAGCAAUUACAAAGAGGUAUAACAUUUCUGUUUGAAUUUAUUCUAAAAAUAUUGUGUUCAUUAACUUAAAAUUGAUGUUGUUUAUUAUCAGCUCAUAAUUUGACUAAAGAGUAUAAAGUUAAUUACGGUGAUGACAUAACAAGUCAACUUAGAAGAGCUCGUAGACUGAAAUGGGAAAAACAAGAAGAAGUAAGACAAAAUCAAGAAAUUGAACUAUUGGUGAGUAAUAAAAAAAUAUUUGUGCCAUUUGAAAUAACUAUUGUUCUGUUCAAUAUUUUUUUUUGAUACAUAUUUUUUUUUUAAAUAAUUAGUACUCUUUUAGGCUACAGUUUAUACAUGAAUCUUUUUUUUAGAGGAGGGACCCCUAAUAAAAAAAUAAAACAUUUUGUUACAAUUUUUUUAAAAAAAUUCAAAAUAGUAAUUUUCAGAAAAUUUUUGAUUGUUGAUACUUUUGCUAAAGUAUGGUUUUUUUAUUUUAUAAGAUUUUAUUGAAAAUUUUAAUUAUUUUUCUUUUUAAUCAUAACAAUAUUGUUUAUGAAUAUAAAUAACCAUUAUUGAUUUACUUUUCCAAUACCCAUUACCUACAAUAUGAUAAUAUUAUUGCGUGAUAUUAACUCAUGAAAAAGAAAAUCCUUGUCAUGUGCCCUGUCUUAUAACUGAUUAAAUAUUGUAAUAAAAUAAUCACAAUAGGUAAUAUUCACAUUUGCAAAAACUUCAAAAAAUUAUAGAAAAUAAAAGACCAUACUUAAAUAAGUUUCAACCACCAAAAAUUUUCUAAAAAUCUGUUUUACAAAAUGGCUAUUUUGAAUUUUUAAAAAAAAAUUGUAAUUUUUUUAUUUUAAGUCCCUCUUCCCCUAAAAAAAAAUGUAUAAACCGUAGCAUUAUUAAUUUUUGGCAUAAUAAUUAUUUAAAAUAAAUAUAUAUCAAAAAUAUUGAAUAAAACAAAAGUUAAAAUAUAAUAAGAUAUUAAAUAAUAUCUAUUAUAUUGUAAAAGUAUAAAUACCAGUAAAUUCUAAGAUUUACCAAAAACUGUUGGUAAAGAUCCCAGUUUCAGACUUAUGAUUGAUUUUGUUUAAAGCUUUGACACAAAAAAUAGUUUGAUUAAACUCUAAAUGGUUUUGUGAUUUGGACUUUUACAAGUGAGUCAUGAUAAAUCUUAGAAUAAACAAUCGAUGUUGGUAAAGGUUCGAAAGUUCAAAUUUUUAUUUCAUUCAUUCAAAUUCCCAGAAAGUAAAUCCCAUGCAACCAGUCUUUCAAUGUAAUCUUAAAUAGUAACAUGUAAACCUGCUUUGUUGAAAAGAAGUGUAAAAGCAAGAAAUAACUACUUGAGUAGCAAACCUCUGUCAUUAGAGGUGAAUUAACAUGGCAAGUGCAAUAUAGGGAUGGAACUUAUUUUUUAAGUAUCAAUAAUUUAAGUGUGAGAAAAUUGAUAUAUCAAUACAUCUAACAUUAAAUAUGUAUUUAUAUAUAUAUGUACUAGGUGAUUCAUUAAAGUGGGUACACUCAAUAUCUCGAAAAGUAUUAACUUUUUCCGGAAUUCAAUUUUUAGAACAUUUAAGAAACAAGCUGGUCCACAAUUUUAUGUUUGUGUUAUUUUUUUCACCCUUAUUUUUGGGGUUAAAACCACUACUUACUUUGGAUUUUCAAAUAGCUAUAAUCUAUAUUAAAAAUUCAACAAAUGGAUGGAUUUUGGUGCUUAAAUUUUUGAUUUUUGUCAAUCUGUUGAUGAUAAAUUUUAGAGUAAAAAUUAUUUAUUUCCAUUGAUCUAUUGACAAGAUAUACCACUUUUAGUUUUAAGUUGGAUGAGAGUAGUGGUGCAUUAUUAACACAUCGCUCGCCAUACUGCCACACUAAUAAUACUCCACUAGUCUCCUUCAACCCAAACUUUAAAGUGGAAUAUCUCGUCAACGGAUUGCCGGAAAUAAAAAAUUUUAACUCUGAAAUUUAUUUUAACUAAUUCUCAAUCUAUUUAUGGACUUUUUAAUUUAGGUUGCCAUUUGAAAAUCAAAAGUAAGUAGUGGUUUUACCCCAAAAAAUAACACAAAUAUAAAAUUUUGGAAAAUCUUGUUUCUUAAAUGUUCUAGAAAACAAAUUUUGGAAAAAGUUAAUACUUUUCGAGAUAAUAAGUGUACCCACUUAAAUGAAUCAUCUGUUAUAUGUAUCAAUUGUUCUUAUACAUGUAAUUAUACUGUAGUUUAGCAGAAAAUAUAAACAAUUAAUAUUCAUUUUAACAUCAUUUUUAUCGCAUUUUGUUUUUAUAUUUUAUUUUGUUGACCUAUAAGAGUGAGAGUAAUGAUGAAUGAUCAUAAAUAUAAUACUAUUACUCAUUCCACAUUACCAAUAAAAGUAAUUAAAAUAUCAAAAAAAACUUAGAAAAAAGUUUAUUUUUGUCAUACCUAUUUUCAUAAUUGUAUAAUAAUAAUAAUAAUACCUACUUUUGAACAUCCAAUGAUGUAUAUCAUUAUGUAUACCCGAAAGUCAAAAAGCUGAGUUAAUAAAAUAUAAUGGCAGAUAAAUUAUUUUUAUUCAUCGAUAUACAAAUUCUUAUAGUAUAAAAUAAAAUUAUAAAUGUUGUGUUAAAAUACAAUGAAUGACAAAAUAAUUUUUUAUUAAUUAUUAACAAUUUAAAAUAUAAUAUUAUAAUUUUAUUAAAUAAUGUUAACAUUUUUUUUCAUCAAGUGAUGAUAAAAACACAAGUUUUCAAACAUUUUUUAAUUUAAUCUUGUUCGUAAAAUGAAUAUCAAAUUCCCAGCUUUAGAAAAUAACCAUUAACUUGGAACACUGGAUGCCACAACAGACUAAUAUUUCUUAGCUACAAUUUUUAAAGUUUCAAAUGAAUUAUUAUCCCCAAUACUGAAUUGAUGUUUAAUUUCAUGCAAUUAUAGACUGUUUUAAGUAAAGUUUUUUUUCAUAUUUAAUUCCAUUUUUAGGACCAUUUAAUUCUUGGUAUUGUUUUUUAUUGUGUUCUGUCCGAAUAUCAUUAGUGAUUUGUGUAGAUAUGAUUGAAGUUAAAGCUGUUGAAGAUGCUAAUAUUAUUAUUAUUUAUAUUACCUAAAAUUAAAAUUAAUUUUAGUAUUAAAUAAUUUUAUUCUAUAGGUAUCUAUUAGUAUAUAAUGUUUAACUUCACCAACCGCCCAAACCUGAGAAAUUAUGCUUAACCUCUUAUUUUACUUACCCUCCCGUUCUUUUGGAUAAAAAAAAUAUCCUAUAACACUCUGGUAAAGAUAAAGAAUUGAACAAAAAAAUUUUUGACAAUAUACCUACCUAUACAUAAAGUAGUUUUCAAAAUUAAAGUUAAGUUAGCUUUCAAUAACAUAAUGAAGAUUAUAUUGAAAUUCAACCAAAAUGUUAUACUUUAAUUCACCUAUAAAAAAACUCUAAUUCCUGAAAAUUUUCUCAAUAAUAACAUUUUUUUAAAAAAAAUGAAAUUUCUGACUACAACCAUCAUUGAUUAUUAAUCCUAACAUUUACCAUAUCUUGUUUGUAAUAGUCUGAACUACAAACAUUAUUCAGGGUUUGAUUAAACUAUUUGUACCUCCUAGGUUUAACCGAAAACAAAUCAAAAUCUAAAAUUCAGACAUUUACUGAUAUGGUCUUAACAACCCUAGGAUUUACUGGUUAAAUCUAGGUAUAACAUAGAAUUUGAAUGUUUAAAGUAAUGCACUCAUAAAUUUCUAUAGGUAUACAUAUUAUUUUUAGUUGUAUAUUGCUUGCAUUAAUAAUUUAAUAAUUUUAUUUUAUUUUAUAAGUCAUACUUAACAAAAUUAAUGGACGAUGACAUGGCCCGUAAAAUCAAUGACAUUAAAACACCAUCUAAAAAUGAAGCUGAAAUUGAAGAGUAUGAUAAUUCUGUAAUGGAAAUAAAAAAUCAAAGUGUAGGUUUUUUGAAUAUUUAAUAAUAAAUUAAACUUGUUUAAAAAAUAAUGAAUUAUAAUUUAAAUUUUAGGAAAAGUAUGCUGCUGAACUUCAUACCAUAUUUUCCAAGAAUGAUGACAGGCGUAAGGUAAUUGAAAUACUGAUUAUUUGUUAUAUAGUAAUAAUAAAAUAACAUCUAAUUACAUUGCAUGUAAACAUUUUUUAUUAGAAACGUGAAGUACCAGAUUAUUUAUGUGGUAACAUAAGCUAUGAUAUUUUGAGAGAUCCUGUUAUUACUCCAAGUGGUAUAACCUAUGACCGCAAAGAUUUAGAGGAACACUUAAUGGUAAAUAUUUUAUGAUUAAUUAUAAAAUUAAACAAUUGAAAAAUAUAAAUUUAUAUUGUAAGUAUUUAUAUUUAAAAUAAAUAUGAUAUAUUAUCAUAGACUCUAAUCACUACUUAUCAUUUUCUGUAUUAACUUUAACUUAAUACGUAUAAUAUUAUUAAAUUUCAUCUAUAGAAAGUUGGACAUUUUGAUCCUGUGUCACGCCAGAGUUUGACUGUUGAUCAACUUAUUCCUAACUUGGCUUUAAAAGAGGCAGUUGAAGCAUUCGUUAAGGAAAAUGAAUGGGUAAACUACUAUUGCACUUUGUAAACCUAAAAUAAAAAAAAACAAAAAUAUUUAACCUUAAUUACUUUUAAGUACUUUUUAUUUCAAUUUCUAAUACAAUGUUUGUAUCAUUUGUGAACAUUUUUUUUAAACCAAAAGAUAAAUUCUUACUCUUUAUCCAUUUUAGAUUUUAUCUCACACAUAACUAUACUAUAUUCUGAAUUAGAAUACAUUGGUUUGCGCAUGCACAUUCACAUGCUGCUAGACUCUUGAAUCGGUAACCUGCCACUGACUUGAGUUUAAAAUUAAUAAUAUCAAUUUAAUGAAUGAAUGCACCUUGUUUGUUUAAAGUUAAAUGUCUAUAUAAUUUGUUUAUAAGUAUUUUUUCAAGUAAUUAUUUUUAAUUAUAAAUUUAUUCCUUCUUUUUAUUAUUAUUAUUACUAUUAUUAUAAUGUUAUUAUUGGAUCUGUAAAUCUGAUUUUGAUGAAGUCUAAGUUAACAAUACUUUUUUUAACCUUACAAAUUUAUUAUGUCUGCAAGUCAAAAUAUAAACUUUAUAAUUCCUGACCAUUUCUAUAUUUUAUAUUUAUCUUUGUACUAUUAUAUUAUAUUUUUUUAAUAACUGAUUUAUGUUUCCAUAAUAAUCACUAAUUAUUUAUAUUAAUUGGCUGAUUUCAUAGACAAAUAAUUGUCUAAUAGAGUAAGAAUGAUCUUAAACAAUGUAUUAAUUUUAACUAAAUUAAACAAUGAAUUAAUAUAAUAUAAUUACAAAUUAGGCUUAUGUCAUUAGAAAAAAAAAUAUCAACAGAUUAUUGGGUCUUGAGUUAUUAUUGAGUUAAAUAAUAAAAUAAUAAAUAAAAUGUUGUCUGUGUUAACUACUGAUUAAUCACAAAUGGUACACUUUUUCUCAUUCACUAAAUUGAUUUAUACAGGAUGUUGCACGGUAAUUGUGUCAAACUUCAGGAGGUAUUUCUACCCCUCAAAUGCAACAAAAAAAUCUUCAUAAUCACUACAGAAUUGUCAAUUGUAAGGGAGAUACUUUUGUGUUUUUUGGUUGAAGACAAGUUAAAUUAUUUAUAACAUUGAUAUCUAUUAAACUGUUCAUUGUACAAUAAAUUUGAUACACUGAUAAAAAGGUUUUUUAAAUUAGCGUUAAGAAAACAUAUCUUAUGAGGUUUCUACCUCAUUUUUUGAGUGAUAAGAAUAACACAAAUCUUUUAUUAAUUCAAAAUGUUGAAGUUUUAAAAAAUUUCAUUCAACUGAAAAAACACAAAAGUCAAAGUAUCUCCCUUAUUAUUGAUAAUUCAACAAUGGUUAUGAGGAUUUUUUUGUUGCAUUUGAGGUGUAGAAAUACCUCCUGAAGUUUGACACAUUUAUCUGUGCAACUCAAUAAAUGAUAAUAAAUGUAUACAAUGAGAAUUGUUAAAAUUAAUGUUUUAAGUUAUUUGAAAAUUGUAUACCCAUUAAUUUUUUAUACAGUAGACACCGCUUAUUGGGUUGGGCUCAUGGUUAAUUAACUCAUUUGGUUAUUGAAUUCAAACAGGUUCGUGAUUUACACAUUACUAACGCAUUGAAUAAUAUUUGUCUAUUGGACUUAUCACAUCAGUUAAUGGGGUCAAUUUUUUUUAACUGUACUUUGAAAAAUAUAAAUUUUUUGCUUGGUGGUCAAAGAAAGUACUAAAUUUGACAAUUUUUUCAAUAUUCAAAAUACAAAAUAUUCAAAAUGGUUUAUUUUAAAAAUAAUUGAUCACUAAAUUACCAGAUUUUUUCACAAAUUACAUUUAAAAAUAUGUAGAUCUUUUUAUUCUUGAAUCUUUCACUUUUACUCGUUCAAUUAAUGGACUCAAGUGCCCUGAUCAGUGAUAGUCCAAUAAGCGGUCUCUACUGUAUUUCAUUUCAUAAUGUAAAAGUACAAUUUAAGAAAAAGUUUUAGUUAGAGAUGUAAUUAAAAAUUAGGGUUUGUAACAUCUCUAGUUUUAAUAAAUAUGUUUAAACAUAGAACAUAUAAAUUUUAAAUUGUAUAUUUUCAGAUAAUGUAUGUUAUUUAAAUUCUGUAAUCAAUAAUAUUAUAAUAUUUUUAUUUUAUGUAGUUCUUUGCUUGAUUUAAUGUGUCAUUUAUAUAUGUAAUAUGAUUUUAGUUUUGUAAUGUUUAAAUUUUAUGUUAUUUUUUAUCUGUUUGUAUUUGAUUUAACCUUGUUAAUUAUAAAAAAAAAGAAGUCCUAGGAUAAUGGAGAUGGGUGCUGCCACUGUUAUAGGUAAUGUAAUGUAUACCUGUAAGCAACAUUAAACCAUUGCUAAUGAAAAAGACAAUUCUGACCGUAGUUUAGUUGAGAGUGAUACUUUGUCAACAAUAUAUAUGUCAUAUGGUAAAACGAUUAAAUAUCUUAAUUAUAUAUUAUCUUUAAUAAUAUUUGUUUAAUUUUGUAUUUAUUUUUCAGUUUUUUAUGCAUUUUUCCCUGGUUUCCUACGGUUUUUCACAUUUGCUGGGAAAACAAUUAAAAAAUCGAAAAAUUACCUUCUUAAAGUAACUUCCCAGUUUUUCUCAGUUAUUAUUAAAACCAAUUGAAGAAUAACAAAAAUGACCAUCCUGAACCACAGACAUAAAAUUUCCUUUCAGAAAAUAAGCUACACUUGAUGCAUAGGAGUAAGAUUUCUAGUAGAAAAAUGUGCACAACAAAUUUAGGGGUAUUUUUCGAUUAAAAUGGUCGAGUGAGCAAUAGCUGGGUUUCUAGGUACACCUGAAAUGCAUUUAUUUUUUUUCUGUUAAGAUAGAGAAAUAAGUAUAAAACAUUUUUCUCCAAACACGGGUUUGAACUCGUGCACUCUAGGAUAACAACAAGUAUAUAUAACCAUUCAGCUAUAACAAACACAUUAAAUAAAACACAAUAUAGAAUUAUUUAACAUAACAAGUAAUAUCCUCAAUAUCAGAACUUCAAAAAGCUAUAAUUUCAAAACUUAGUCCGCUCAAUUCUCACUUCACCAUAGUUUUUAAAUCGGUAAUAUAUGUAGUUCGAAAAAAAAAUUCCACACAUUUUUUUAUUCUAACGGUUUUUGUCAAAACUUCAUAUUAAGAUUCCUGUAUAAAAAAAAAUACUACAUUAAACUUAAUUUUUUUUUAAACACUAAGUAAUAAGACUCUUAAUGAACCUUUUGUUAAAUUUUCAAG